AUCAGAUCGUAACCCCUCAACGGAAGCGCCAAAACCCUCCAAAACUCCAAUACAGGCUUAUUCUAUUCUAACCUCAGUGAAUUUACCUUCGAAAUUUCGAUAUAGACAAAAAACAGCAACUAUAUUCAUAUAUGCUCAGAUUUUGUAUAUAUAUACAUAUUUGUCUGUAUAUUUGAAGUAGUAGAAGGAUUUGGAAUUGGAGUGGAGGCGAUUCGCGAUGGAGCUUCAGAACACUGUGAAGGAAGCCCUAAAUGCACUGUACCAUCACCCGGAAGACACCGUUCGCAUGCAGGCCGAUCGAUGGCUUCAGGACUUUCAACGCACAAUCGACGCUUGGCAGGUGGCUGAUAAUUUGCUUCAUGAUUCUUCUAGCAAUCAAGAGACUUUAAUUUUCUGUUCACAAACUCUCAGAAGCAAGGUUCAACGGGAUUUUGAAGAACUACCAUCUGAAGCUUUUCGUCCACUUCGCGAUUCUUUAAAUACCUUGUUAAAAACAUUUCAUAAAGGCCCUCCAAAAGUUAGAACUCAGAUCAGUCUUGCUGUAGCUGCAUUGGCUGUUCAUGUACCUGCUGAAGAUUGGGGAGAUGGUGGCAUAGUAAAUUGGCUGAAAGAUGGGAUGAAUUCUCAUCCUGAGUUUAUACCUAGUUUUCUUGAAGUUCUAAGAGUCUUGCCAGAGGAAGCAUUCAACUACAAGAUAGCUGCUCGCCCUGAUAGACGUCGCCAGUUUGAACAAGAACUUGCUUCUACAAUGGAUACUGCCCUUACUGUUUUGUCUGCAUGUUUGAAUAUCAAUGAACUUAAGGAGCAGGUCCUUGAGGCAUUUGCUUCUUGGCUGCGUCUAAGGCAUAGGAUUCCUGCAGUUACUCUUGCUUCACACCCUUUAGUUCUUGCAGCUCUCUCUAGCUUGCAUUCAGAUAUGCUGUUAGAGGCAUCCGUAAAUGUCGUUUCUGAAUUAAUACACUACACUGCCGCAAGAAAUUCAGGUGGAGCUUCCUCGCAGAUGCCUUUGAUUCAAGUAAUUGUUCCUCAAGUUAUGAGUCUAAAACCUCAACUUAGAGAUCCUUCCAAGGAUGAGGAGGAUAUAAAAGCCAUUGCUCGUUUAUUUGCUGAUAUGGGUGAUGCAUAUGUUGAAUUAAUUGCGACUGGCUCUGAUGAAUCCAUGCUGAUUGUGCAUGCACUACUUGAAGUUGCUUCACAUCCAGAGUUUGAUAUUGCUUCCAUGACAUUCAACUUCUGGCAUAAUCUUCAAUUGGUGUUGGUUGAAAGGGAUUCCUAUCAAGAGUUUGGUAAUGAUGCAGCAAGAGAAGUUGAGAGAAAUCGCAGGUUGCAGGUCUUCCGUUCAUCAUAUGAGUCACUUGUUUCAUUGGUCACCUUCAGGGUUCAAUAUCCUCAAGAUUAUUCAGAUCUUUCUAGGGAGGACCAGAAGGAUUUCAAGCAGACUAGAUAUGCUGUUGCAGAUGCCUUAAUUGAUGCAGCAUUGGUUCUAGGAGGGGAGGCCACGUUGAAAAUCCUAUACAUGAAGCUGGUUGAGGCUGUAAGUUGCUGUGCAACUGACUGGCGUCCAGCAGAGGCUGCCUUGUACUGUAUACGAGCUAUAUCAGAUUUUGUUUCUGUUGUUGAUGCUGAAGUAAUGCCCCAGAUCAUGUCUUUGCUUCCUAAACUCCCUCAUCAAUCCCAACUUCUUCAGACUGUUUGCUUAACAGUCGGAGCUUAUUCAAAAUGGCUUGAUGCUGCCUCAAAUGGAUCCUCAUUCUUGCCCUCACUAUUAGAUAUCCUGGUGAGCGGCAUGAAUAUGUGUGAAGAUUCUGCCGCAGCAGCCGCGUUGGCAUUCAGAAAUUUAUGCAGCGACUGCAAGAAAGAACUUCGUCGGUACAUAGAUGGCCUCUUUCAAAUAUAUGAAAGGGCAGUAAGUGGGGAAGGCACCUUCAAGGUUUCUGAUGAAGACUCAUUGCAUCUGGUUGAAGCCCUUAGUAUGGUUAUAACAGAACUAAAUUCUGAAAAUGCUAAGAAGGCACUUGAGGCAAUAUGCUUGCCUGCAGUUUCUCCAUUACAGGAGAUAAUCAAUCAAGGUCCUGUUGUAUUGGGGCAAAAAACUGCUCGUGAGCUAACUGUUCAUAUUGAUCGACUUGCAAAUAUUUUUAGACACGUAAACCACCCAGAAGCUGUUGCAGAUGCAAUUCAAAAACUCUGGCCAAUUUUUAAAGCCAUCUUUGACAUUCGUGCAUGGGAUAUGCGGACAAUGGAGUCUCUUUGUAGGGCAUGCAAGAAUGCUGUGCGGACGUCUAAACAGUUCAUGGUAGUUACUAUUGGAGCAAUGCUGGAGGAAAUACAAGUGUUGUACAGACAACACCAUCAACCUUGUUUCCUUUAUCUCUCUAGUGAGGUUAUUAAGAUAUUUGGUUCAGAUCCAUCAUGUGCUGGCUACUUGAAGAUUCUGAUAGAGUCUCUUUUUAGUCAUACGACAUGCCUGCUUACCAAAUUCGAGGAGUUCACUUCCCGACCAGACAUAGCAGAUGAUUGUUUUCUGUUGGCAUCAAGGUGUAUACGCUAUUGUCCUCACCUAUUGUUCCCAUCUCCUGUAUUUCCGUCGUUAGUGGACUGUGCUAUGGUCGGUGUCACAGUGCAACACAGGGAGGCUUCCAAUUCAAUAUUGCAUUUCUUAUCUGAUAUAUUCGAUCUUUCAAACUCUUAUCAUGGGGAGAACUUUAUAUCCAUUAGAGACAAUGUAAUUAUUCCCCGAGGGGCUAGCAUGACCAGAAUUUUGGUUGCUUGCCUAACUGGAGCACUUCCUAUUUCGCGGUUAGAAACGGUAUCUUAUGCACUAUUUUCCCUGAGUCGAGCAUAUGGGAUAAAAGCUCUUGAAUGGACAAAGGAGUGUGUUUCCUUAAUCCCAUCAACAGCCGUUACGGAGUUGGAAAAGGCUAAAUUCCUACAAGCUUUAUCGGAGGCAGUAUCUGGGGCAAAUAUGAAUGGUUUGAUACUUCCCAUUGAAGAAAUUUCAGAGGUUUGCCGUCGUAAUCGAACAGUUCAGGAGAUUGUUCAAGGAGCUUUGAGGCCACUUGAAAUCAAGAUAGUGAAUGUAUCAUAGUAGACAGCAAUGUAGAAGGGCUGUUUUUUCCUAGCCCUCGUCUGCAGCCAGAAGUAGUUGUCCCAUUGUUUGUUUUCGGGCUUAUUUUCAUUGUCCGGGGAUUGGUAUAGUUUGCAUAUUUAAAUGCAGGUUGAUGCGAGCUGAGGGAUGCAUUGUUGUAUUUUUAUUUUUAUUUUUAUUUUUUUGGUUGUGAAAAGUGUUCAGGAGUUGAGUAAUUUACAUUUGAUCGGCACAUCAAUUUUCAACUUUUGAGUCUUGAGGGAGGGAGGGAAUUUCCAGUUUUGGGGGGUGUAACUUUGAAGUGGGAUUGAGUUUGUGUUUGGAGAGGGCUGUGUGGGUUGGUGUAUAGAACAUAUGCGUCCAAACCAUGUUAAAACUUGUGCAGUUGAAUGAAAAACAUGCUUCUCAAGAUGAGACACCCU